CCCAAAAUCCCCUGUACACGUUAAAAAUUAAACCCUGUCUGGUGGUCUCUCUUUCUCUCUCUCAAUUUGCUAUGCAGAAGCCUUAGAAUAUAGAUACAACUCAUCUGUACGUAUCGCCUCGGUUACGUUUUUCUUGCAUAUUUCUGUUGCCAUUGGAUUUGGAAUUUAUAUUGGUUAAGAUGGGAGAGGGGAGUGGAGAAGUUGAAGAUGAGUUGAUUGAUCUGAACAAAGAACCAGUUGAGAGAAAAAGAAAAAGGGUUGAGAAGAAGAAUUCAACUGAUAAGGGGAAUGAGGGGUCUGAUGGUUUACCUAAAACCGGGCGGGUUUCGAGGUCAAGGACAUUGGCCAUGAGUGAUGGUGAAAAGCAAGUGAUUAAGAUGGAAAUAGUAAAGAUGGAGGAUAAGGAUGAAAGUAAGGCGCUGGCUGUGGAGGAUAAGGAUGAAAAUAAGGUUCCUGUUUUGCAGAAAAGGAAAAAGAUGAAGGGUAGGCGAGGGAGGCCCCCAAAAAAGGAAGGUAAAUGUGAGGUUUCCGUGUUGCCGAGUCAUCCAAAGAAGGGUAGGAGGGGGAGGCCCCCAAAACUGCAAGGUAAACGUGAGAUUUCCUCUUUGAGUUAUAGGAAGAAAGACGGCAAGGUAAUGGAGCGGAAGAAGGUUGGCGAGAGUCCUAAUGGGACUGGUCGAGGUCGAGGAAGGCCAAAAAUGAAGCGAAAGCGGGGAAGGCCACGCAAGACUGAGAAUGGGAGUACGGGGUUGGUGAUUACAAGAAAAAAUGUUAAGAAAAAUAGCGAUCACAUGCAAUCUGCAAAGGGGGGUCCAGCAAAGAGGUUAAAUUUUGCUACUAACGAUUUAGAGAAUGGUGUAAUGCUGCAGAAAGUCACAGUGGGGUGUGCUGAAGGAAACGACCUGGGGCUUAGGGAACAGAAGCAGUUAGUGAGGGAUCAAAUAGUUGCCAUGCUUAAGAAGGCUGGAUGGACUGUUGAAUACAGGCAGAGGCAAUCCAAAGAUUACCAGGACGCUGUUUAUGUUGACCGGGAAGGAAGAACUCACUGGUCAGUUACAUUGGCUUACAAAAAGCUUAAGGAGAAGAUUGAUGAGGGAAAUGCAGAGGAUAGAGAUGUUUCAGCAUUUAGUCCUAUACCAGAGGAGACACUUAGCAUGCUGUUUCGAAUCACUACGAAAGGCAAGAAAGCAGGCAAAGUGAAGAAUAGUGCAGGAAAGACUGUAAAAAGAAUGACAAAGAAGGAGCCAUCUAAAAGUAAAUCCUUAGAGGGAAGGAUUAAAUCAAGAUCAGGUCGGGGCAAACAACGAAUUUUGUUGGCACGUAGACCUCGUGAUGGGUCUGAUGGUAAUAACUAUGAACUAUACGAGGGAAAACGCACCUUGCUCUCAUGGAUGAUUGAUUUGGGAACGGUUCCGCUUGGUGGGAAGGUGAAGUAUAAGAGAGGGAGGGGUAAAAAGAUACUACUUGAAGGAAGGGUUCUGAAGGAAGGAAUCUGUUGCGACUGUUGUAAUAUAACACACACUAUUCGGGACUUUGAGUCUCAUGCUGAAAGUACACCGGGAAAACCGUAUCAGGACAUAUAUCUUGAUUCCGGGAAUUCUCUUUUUCAGUGCCUAGUAGAUUCCUGGAAAAAACACGUUGAAACUAAUAAUCUUGGUUUUGUUUGUGUCGAUGUGGAAGGUGAUGAUCCCAAUGAUGAUACAUGCAAUGUGUGUGGUGAUGGUGGUGACUUGAUCUGUUGUGACAGUUGUCCAUCGACUUUCCAUCAUGGCUGUUUAAGUAUUAAAGUUCCUUCUGGAGAUUGGCACUGUGUUUACUGUUCAUGCAAAUUUUGUGGAAUGGCCUGUGGAAGUACCUCAACUACUGAUGGCGAUUGCAAUUUAUUAUCUGAAUUGCUCACAUGCUGUUUGUGUGAGGAAAAAUUUCAUGCACAUUGCACUAAAGGGACCACUGCCGAAGAUUUUGAUGAUGAAAGCCCAUCCUUUUGUGGGGAGGAAUGCUCUAAGAUUUUUGAGCAGUUACAGGUUCUUCUUGGGGUUAGACAUGAACUAGGAGGAGGAUUUUCUUAUACUGUUCUGCAGCAUCGUGUUGUCAAUGAUGAUGCAUCUCGCAAUGGUGACUCCUCAACAGUAGAAAGCAAUUCCAAGUUAGCUGUUGCUUUCACUGUUAUGGAUGAAUGCUUUCAACCUAUCAUAGAUGAGCGAAGUGGAACCAAUAUGAUUCACAAUGUUGUUUACAGCUGUGGGUCAAAUAUUAAACGGUUGAACUAUGAUGGAUUUUACACCAUUAUCCUAGAGAAGGGUGAUGAACUUGUCUCGGCGGCAUCCAUAAGAAUCCAUGGGAGUAGGUUAGCAGAAAUGCCUUUCAUUGGGACUCGAUAUAUGUACCGUCGUCAAGGCAUGUGCAGCCGGCUUUUAGCAGCAACUGAAAUGGUUCUCUGCUCACUUGGUGUUGAGAAACUGGUAAUACCUGCAAUAUCUGAACUCAACGAAACAUGGACAAAAGUAUUUGGUUUUGUUCCCCUUGAAGAAUCAAAGAGGCAAGAACUGAGGUACAUGAGCAUGAUUGUGUUCCCGGGGAUAGACAUGUUGCAGAAACCUCUAUCGGGGCAUCAGGAUAAUAAAGGGCUAAUGAAUUCUGCAGGGUGCACUGAAGUUACAGCUGAGGAUCAGAAUAUGCAAGAAAAUCCUGCAUCAGAUUCCAAAUCUCAGUCGGAUGUCAAAAUACAAAAUCAGUUUGAAGCUGCUCCAGUUAAAUCUAGUGCCAAUGCACGUGUUGCCUCAGCAACAGAGUCCACUGAAGUCGAAACUCACAAUCAAAAUACUCAGGAGGAGCAAAUUGACGAUACUGGGGUUCUAGCUGCAUCAGAUCUUGAUCUCUCUCCCCGGCUCAAAAUCGAAAAUAACAAUGAUGCUGCUGUUGAAUCUGGUGACCCAACGGCUGUAAGUUCCUUUAAUGAGGCAGAUACCAAGUUUGGGACAGUUAAUGAUGGUGAGGCUUUGGACACUGGAAAUUGUCUCAAUCAAAUCGAUACAAAUGCUGAUCGCAAUGAUGAGGUACCACAAUCUGCUGCUGAAACCAAUUCUUGUUCAAAUGGGCUUUUGUCUGAAAAUGAAAAAAUUGUAAAUUGUAAUCACCAUGACAUUCUGGAGGAGAACCCAAUGAAGCGGAGAAGAAUUUUGAGAGACAGGGGUGCUCUAUCUCAAAGAAACAGGUAGAGUCUUGAAGUUGAUGAAUGACACCUUCAAAAUCCCUUGAUUUGUAGGGGAGCUUACCCAAAUGGAAAUAUGGAUAUGUUUUUCCUUUUUGGCUGAGAUGUCUAUAAUUAACUUGUAUAGAACAUUAGUCGGACAUCUUUCUGAAAUGGUAGCUUAACUUGGUGCCAUGAAAUUUUAAGUCUCAGUUAGAAGGAUGAGGUGCAUAAAACCUCGGUGUAACUGAAAUUUUGUCAUAGGGGAGGAAUGUGAAGAUGACAUGGAAUCGCUCAUUAGCUGCA